AUGGCUUCAAGGUUACUUCGUGGAAUUGGAGUGCUGGCCAUGCAGGACCUCAGUGGAGUCACCAUGGUGCACUUCAUGGCAUCUGCAGGUGGUGUUCCUACUGAGACGAGCAGGCAGCUGGGCUGGAGAGGUCAUGAUGACUGCAUGGAAGGGGCUAGACCCAUAAAUAUGCUAGCCCCACAGGCAACUUCAGGCACCAAAGAAGACCCUAAUUUAGUCCCAUCUAUCACCAACAAGCAAAUAGUGGGCUGCAUCUUUGAAGAGGACAAUAGUGCCUUCAUCUGUUUCUGGCUGCACAAAGGUGAGAUCCAGUGAUGCCCUAGCUGUGGAACCCAUUACAAGCUGGUGCCCCACCAG